UCGAUACAUGUACACUGUAACACGUACAUUUUCCAAGUGGACAAAAGUUGAUCUUUUUUUUUGUUGCCAAUUACUUUGCCAAUUUCAUUAUUUUAAGUAGAAUUAGAUGCACGACUGUGUUAAAUGUUGUCCGAUAAAGUGCAAUAGUAAGGAAUUUGCCACGUCCUACAUAGAAAAGGCAGCGCAGCGCAAGUCUUAGCUUAGACUUGUCCUUGGCUUGUCUCGUCUGUUUCAUUCAAUAUUGCGCCAGCGUCAUCAAAAACUUGGGCGAUUUUCAUAUCAACCAGUUACCAUAGAAAAGAUAAGUAAAGGUGUUUGACCGUUGCCAUGGCUAGUCCCAGAACGCGAAGAGUGCUCCAAGAGCUGAAACCCCAAGAUGAGAAUUCGAAAUGCUUCGAGUGUGGCACACACAAUCCGCAGUGGGUAUCAGUUACAUAUGGAAUCUGGAUUUGCUUGGAAUGCUCAGGAAAGCAUCGCAGCUUGGGCGUCCAUCUGUCGUUUGUACGCUCCGUUACAAUGGACAAAUGGAAAGACAUUGAGUUGGAAAAAAUGAAAGCCGGCGGGAAUCGCAAUGCUCGUGAAUUUCUGGAGGAUCAGGCCGACUGGAAUGAGCGAGCUCCUAUUACGCAGCGAUACAAUUCCAGAGCAGCGGCUCUCUAUCGUGAUAAAAUAUCGACAUUGGCCCAGGGCAAAAGCUGGAAUCAAAAAGAGGCGGAAACACGAAUGGGCAGCAGUGGAACCAAUAGUAGUCGCAACAUUUCUAGCAGUACCUCAAUAAGUGGAGGCGGUAGUUCGCAGUCCUCGUCAGGAUAUGGUGGCUCCGGUAAUGGUGGCGGCGGCUAUCAGAACGGUGGUGGCAGUUAUGGCGACGCUCCAAGCUAUCAGCAGUUUCAGACACAGGAGUUCAAGGAUCAGAAAGAAGAAUUUUUCAAUCGACGUCAAGUAGAGAAUGCUUCGCGACCAGCUAAUUUGCCACCGAAUCAGGGAGGAAAAUAUGCUGGAUUUGGUUUCACACGUGAUCCACCACCGAAAACACAAUCUCAAGAGAUUUUCGAUUCCACAUUAUCUACGCUGGCAUCGGGAUGGAGUCUCUUUUCAACAAAUGCUUCCAAGUUAGCCUCCACGGCGAAAGAAAAGGCUGUAACUACUGUCAAUUUGGCCUCAAACAAGAUUAAGGAAGGCACUUUGCUAGAAUCAGUGCAAUCUGGUGUCUCAGAUGUGGCCUUUAAGGUUACGGACAUAGGCAAACGUGGAUGGAACAACUUGGCAGGCAGCAACAUUUCAUCACCUCAAAGCGGCUAUCAGGAUCCCAGUUUCGAGGACAAUGCCUAUCAACGUUCCCAUUCGGUGGGUGGCAAUCUCGCUGGCGGUUUGGGUCAGCAGAGCGGCGUUAGCGACAGCGAUUGGGGCGGCUGGCAGGAUAGUGCCAACAAUAAGACGCAUCUGACCAGCUCCAGUUCGUAUCAUAAUCAAUUGAGUAGCAACAGUGGCACAGCAACCUCUGGCCUCACUCACGAUGCCGAUUGGUCCGGCUUUGAGGCAUCCAACUAUCAGAGCGCCGAAACAUCCUAUCAGAAUACCCCAUCGGGUGGCCAAAGUACGCGCCGCAAUAUUAAAUUGCAAGACACAUCACAAAAACUAAGUGAAGGGUUUGAAAAUCUUGAUGUCAAAAAUGUUAAACCAACGACAACAGCCGGCGGAUCAUCCAGUGGCAAAGCCACCGCUGAAGAUGAUGCUUGGAACUUAUUGAUGAAUUAGGGGAAUUAUUAUGUGAAAUUGAACCGUACCAACCACAAUGUAACUUAUACUUUUUUGUCUUUUUGAUUAAUUUGUUGUCCUCAAUGUGAAGUGAGCAAUGAGCUGUUGUACGCGCAUUUAAUGUAAUUAACAAACAAACAGAUAUUACAAAUUUAUAAAUCCCCCUAUUAACCUCCCCGACAACCUCCUCCCUGAAUGCUCCAACAUGAUGAUUUCCAACGAAAAGUGCAACUUUUUUAAAUAUCAUUUCCAGAGUUUAGACCAAUUUUAUAUAGAACUACAACUAUUAAACAAAUUAAUUAGCUUAAAAUACAUGCUAUAUAUGUGGAAUACAACUAAAUGAAACGGAUAUAAACGAAUAUGGCUAUGAAUGAAUAUACAAGAA